AUGAUGACCUAUCUAAGUAUGAUAUCUAACUUAAUAAUUGCUGUAAAGAUUCAUAAGCAUACUCGUGGUGACUCAGAGAGUUGUUAUGUAGUAGUUGAGUACUCUUCUUCUGAUGAUGCUCAGGAAGCUAUUGCUAAGGAGAUAGAAUUUGCUGGUAUUCAUUUGGAUAAGGACUUUGCUAAGUCUGGUAAAGACAAAGCAGCUAAGAAGCCUCCAGUGAAUUACAAGACGAAGAUCUACUUAGGGAAUUUAACUGAUGAAUUUACAGAUGAAGAUUUACAUCAGGCUUUGGAUGGUAAAGUUAUGCCUAAGACGAAGUUUGUUUCGGCUAAGGGCUUAGCAGUAGGACAGAAGAAGUAUGCUUUCUUGGAGUUUGAGACUGAGGCUGAACGGAAUAUUGCUUUAGGGACACUGGAGACGAUUAAGCAAGAUGGGUCUUUAGGGGAUGAGGUGAUUAUUUCUCCGGCCUAUCCUUAUGCUCAGGGGCGCAAGGUAACGAAAAGGCGGAUGUUGCCAAGCAAAUAA